CACUCCCCGGUGUGCACCAUGCCGACAGCGACGGGAAGCGACGUGCCAGGGGACAUCACCACAAUGGCCAUGUCUUUCCUAGACGAGCUGGCCACCCCGUACAUGAAGAACGGCACGGUGGUAGAGAAUGUGCCGGACGACAUGAUGUACAUGAUUCAUCCGCAUUGGUACCGGUUCCCUCCUAUGAACCCUCUAUGGCACAGCCUCCUAGGCUUCGCCAUGGUCGUGCUGGGCGUCAUCUCAAUCAUGGGCAACAGCAUGGUUAUAUACAUCAUGACCACCACCAAAUCGCUACGCACACCUACCAACAUGCUCGUUGUCAACCUCGCCUUCUCAGACUGGUGCAUGAUGGCCUUUCAGAUGCCGACCAUGGCGGCCAACUGCUUCGCCGAAACGUGGAUCUUGGGGCCAUUCAUGUGCGAAUUGUACGGCAUGACGGGCUCGAUUUUCGGGUGCGGCUCCAUAUGGUCCAUGGUGAUGAUCACCUUGGACCGGUACAACGUGAUCGUGCGCGGCGUGGCAGCAGCACCACUCACACACAAGAAGGCGGCGUUGAUGAUCUUCUUCGUCUGGUUUUGGGCUUUCACCUGGACGUUGCUGCCGUUUUUCGGCUGGAGCAGAUACGUACCCGAGGGCAACAUGACGAGUUGCACCGUCGACUACCUCACCAAGACGCUGCUGUCGGCAUCGUACGUGGUAACGUACGCUGUGGCUGCCUAUUGGACCCCGCUCUUCAUCAACGUAUUCUGCUACUCAAAGAUCGUGCGCACCGUGGCGCAGCACGAGAAGCAGUUGCGCGUGCAGGCGAGGAAAAUGAACGUGGCCUCGUUGCGCGCCAACUCCGAGCAAAACAAGACCAGUGCCGAGGCCAGGCUCGCUAAGAUCGCCAUGAUGACCGUCGGCUUGUGGUUCAUGGCUUGGACGCCGUACCUGACCAUCGCCUGGAUGGGCAUCUUCAGCGAUGGCGCCAAGCUGACGCCGCUGUCAACCAUCUGGGGCUCGGUGUUCGCCAAGGCCAACGCCUGCUACAACCCCAUCGUGUACGGCAUCAGUCACCCCAAGUACCGAGCUGCACUCGGACGUCGCUUCCCGUCGCUGGUGUGCGUCCCGCCAGCGAGCGGAGGCGACGACACGCGCUCCGAAGCUUCCGGCAUCACCACCGUGCCGGAAGACCGAGUCAUGACUACCGAGACCUAGACGACACACGGCGCCAACAAAUUCUUCGCGUAGGAUUUCGAAUCGGAGCAAUGCUUUUAGCCUCACAGCACGCACGA